GGUGUUCCCUACUGAGUUUGUGUGUUGACGCACAAGGUUCGCGCUGCUUCCGCUUCCGGUUGGGACUGUGGAAACAUGGCUGCUGCCAUAGCGGCCUCGGCAUUGCCGGGCGCCUUCGGGCGGCUGGUGUCUGUGUGUAGCCGUAGCAUCUUGGCAUCCCAGGGAUCCGGAUCAGCCUCCCUCUGGUCUGCUUCUCGAAGGUUCAAUUCACAGAGCGCUUCAUAUCCACAAGGAUAUGUUCCUAAGACCUCCCUGAGCUCACCACCCUGGCAAGAAGUGGUUCUGCCGGACCCUGUUGAAGAGACGAGACACCAUGCGGGGCACCACCACAGGAGAGGUCUGCAUGUUUGGUGCAUCAUCUGGAGCCUUCACUGGGAUGCCAGGAGCUGCUUCUGGCCUUGGCCUUAUCCAGAGCAGGAAUUGUUAUGUCUGUCCUGUGUGUCCAGCCCUUGGCCCAGGGGUGGGGUCUAUGUGGACAAAAUUGAGAGCUAAGGACUGUGACAUGAGCCAGAGUAGUGGUAAUGGGAACAGGGAACGGGUGUGGAAGGAGGGCAGGUGGGCCUGCCAGAGAUGGAAUGUGGAGAGAAGGUGGGUCCCGUGGGAACAGGGAAGGUGCUGGGGUGCAGGGUGGUCAGGAGGCCCUGCCAGCUCAGGGACACAGAAUCAGGCUCCUCAGACUGCAGAAAGACCGUCCUCUCACUUCUUAGACUGCACACUUCUUGCCCUGGGAUGUAGUCCAGGCUAGACUCACUGCCAUCCCGCUUCAGCCUCCCAAAUGCUGGGAUUAUGGGCAUGCACCAUCAUGUUCUGCUUGUGCACUGGGUCUUAAUUGAUUUAAAAGGAAAAAAAAAAAAAAAGCAAACAGGAUGAGGGUUCUGCUCCAGAACUGCAGAAGUAACACUUCCUGCCAGUGCUCCUGAGAGCCCCAGCCCAAGCCAGCACCUCCCUACUGGCUGGGUAAGCAGGGCUGGACAGACUGCAGGAGCAGUCCUCCCAAGGGAGCCUGGUGCCUGUGCAGUGAUUGC